UAGAUUAUUCUGGUAUUUCUCUUUGAUCUUUAUAUUUGUUGUUGUAUAUUUUGCUGGAAAAAAAACUCGACGGAACUACACUGGAUUACAGCAAGUCAAGCAAUUCCACCAAAUCCAUGGCGAUAAAGAAAACAUCCCGCCACAAAUGAUAGCUGCGAUCAAAUAACGCAUUCACUCAUAAAAGAAAGACAAAUGCCUCCGAGUGGAAUGGGUGAGACGUUGUUUCGGAAUUGACAACCAUCCAGAUGUGCAGUGGUCCGACUCGGAUCCCCAGCAGUCCGACUCGGAUCACCAGCGGUCCGUCCCAGCAGCGCCUCCAAUGCGCCCCCACCAAGAUAGAAUAGACCCACGGUGGUGUCAGCAAAAUUGGCUUGAUUCCGAUUCCCUGAAGUGAACCAUAUAAUGGAUCUACACGCUGAACUCGGAAUGGUCGGCAAGGGCUUGAACCUGUGUACCAGAAUCGCGAGCUAGUCAUGAGGUACGGUGCACUACUGUACAGGAGUUAGGGUUAGGUACCAGGAGAAGGGGAUGGAUGGAAUGGGAGAGCCGGGGUGGACUCUCUCCUAUUCAGUUCCCCAUAUAUAAUCUAGAAUCUUUGCGGGAUUUUUCAUUCCCCUGUCUGCUUUUCCAUUUUCCAUAUCGUUCGCAUGGCAUAGUUGGUGCUUAUCGAUCAUGCCAUCUCUCCUCGUCCCGAUGUACGCCGCGAUUGGUGCGCUGGUGCUUGUUGUCUUGAAUGUCGCGCGUCAGCUGCUGUUUCGCAAUCCCAAGGAGCCCCCCGUGGUCUUUCACUGGGUCCCUUUCUUGGGAAGUACGAUUGCGUAUGGGAUCGAUCCGUAUGCGUUCUUCUCCUCGUGCAGGGAGAAGUACGGAGACAUCUUCACCUUCAUCCUCCUAGGCCAGAAAACCACCGUCUGCCUCGGCAUCCAAGGCAACGAGUUCAUCCUCAACGGCAAGCUCAAAGAUGUCAACGCAGAGGAAGUCUACCGACCCCUCACAGCGCCCGUUUUCGGCUCCGACGUGGUCUACGACUGUCCGAACUCCAAAUUCAUGGAGCAAAAGAGGUUCAUCAAGUACGGGCUCACGCAAGCAGCACUCGAAUCACACGUUCCGCUCAUUGAAAAAGAAGUCCUCGACUACCUCAACACCUCUCCCAAAUUCCACGGCUCCUCCGGCACCGUCGACGUCUGCGCCGCCAUGGCCGAGAUAACCAUCUUCACAGCCGCGCGCGCCCUGCAAGGCGAAGAAGUCCGCAGCAAGCUCACCGCCGAAUUCGCCGACCUCUACCACGACCUGGACAACGGCUUCAAGCCCAUCAACUUCAUGCUACCCUGGGCGCCCCUCCCAGGAAACCGGAGGCGCGACGCCGCGCACGCGCGCAUGCGCGAGAUCUACAUGGACAUCAUCCGGGAGCGGCGGCGCGCGCAGCAAACAGGAACCCAACCACCCGAGAGCGAACAGACAGACAUGAUCUGGAACCUCAUGCGGUGCACGUACAAGAACGGUGGGCCGCGGCCCGUGCCGGACAAGGAGAUCGCGCACAUGAUGAUCACGCUGCUGAUGGCCGGGCAGCACUCGUCUGCGUCGAUCGGCGCAUGGAUCAUGCUGCGUCUGGCGUCGGAGCCGCACGUCCUCGAGGAGCUGUACCAGGAGCAGGUGGACAACCUGGCUCGUGCUGGCGCAGGCGGAGACGACGACGGGCUGCCGCCGCUGCAGUUCAAGGACCUGGAGAAACUCCCGCUUCACAAUAACGUCAUCAGGGAGACGCUGCGGCUGAAUCUCUCGAUUCACUCGCUCAUGCGCAAGGUCAUGAACCCGCUUCCUGUCCCCGGGACGCCGUACGUUGUCCCGACCAGCCAUGUCUUGCUCGCGUCCCCUGGCGCGACGGGCCUCAGCGAUGAGUUCUUCCCUGAUGCCAAACGGUGGGACCCGCGUCGCUGGGACAGCCGGAUGGAGAAGGAAGACGAGGGCGGCGAGGACGAGAUGGUCGACUACGGCUACGGGCGGGUGAACAAGGGCACCAGCAGCCCUUAUCUGCCGUUUGGGGCGGGGCGCCACCGCUGCAUCGGGGAGAAGUUUGCCUACGUCAACCUGGGUGUUAUCGUCGCGACCAUGGUGCGGAAUAUGAAGCUCGUUUCUGCGGAUGGCAGCAGGGGGGUGGUCCCUGCGACGGACUAUUCGUCUCUGUUCUCGGGGCCGAUCAAGCCGGCUGUUGUUGCCUGGGAGAGGCGGUUCCCGGGGGCGGAAAAUAAGAAGUUGUAAUUCUGCGCAGCCAGGCUUGUUGGUAGAUAUGGAUUUAGAGGUGAUAUUGGCAUGAAAGUGAUGCCGCGCUCAUAUGUACUUAAUGUAAUACCACUUCAUUGGCCGAUCCAA